GGGCCUCCUGAUCGUCCUGUGCACACCGGGCUUAGUCAGCAGCGCACUGCUGCUUCUCCCGUCCUCCCAGCAGCGCCCAUACGCGCGACGACGGGGGCGAAGGCUGACCGCGCCGGAGGGGACGCAGCGGCAGCUUGUGCGGCCGUACCGGUUAAGAGCGAAGCCAACGGAAGCGGCAGGGGCGGCAGGGGCGGCCAGAGAGGCCGGCGGAGGCGGAGGCGCGCGAGCGGGGGCGGCGGGCCGCACAAGCAGAGGCAGCAGCAGCCGCAAAGGCAGCAGCAGAGGUAGAAGCAGCAGCAGAGGCAGAGGCAGAGGUAGCAGCAGCGGCGGGGCGCGCGAGGGAGGAGGCCGAAGCGAUCGAGCGAGAGAGGGUCGGGAUCGAGGGCAAGGGCGAGGAUUCAGUCGCACCCCUUGCGGCCGUGCCUCUGUCCGAGGCGAACUUCGACACCGGGCGGCCCGAGUCGACCCUCGGAGGCGAGUCCACUUGUAUCAUAUGCUUUGCCCAGCCGAAGUCGCACGCAGCGGUCCCUUGCGGGCACUGGUCCGCCUGCGGCGACUGCGCCGCCAGGAUCAUGGAGCGCGACCGGCGGUGCCCGUACUGUCGCGAAGCGGUGAUUAUGUGGAUGAUACCACGAGAUGUCUGAGCUCUGACGGUCGAUAUCUCACAUGCACACAGACCAGGGGUAGUUGGCGGGGUCAUGGGAAGCGUCCGUCGUGAACAUGGGUCGUGAAUCGUCAUAGUCUGAGGGUUAGGUUUCUGGAGCCUCGGGUGCUUUUACACUUUUGAUCGGGUCAGGGGAUAGUGCGACUUUUAUCACUUUGGUCGUCUCGGAGCGCCUAACUUUUAGCAUUUCUC